UAAAAAGGGGUUCAAACCAACAAGUCAGUCGGCAUCCACGGCGCGAGGGCAGCCAAGCCUCCAGAUAUGGCACUGUGCGCCACAACCCAAGCUCUCUCGAGUUUUCCCAAAUGUUACAACCACACAGUCCUCACUACAAAUCCUACCUGUCUCAGACCCUCUCUUCCUCUGAGGCCAACCCCACUCUCUCGCACCGCCGUGGGCCUCCACUCCCGUACGUUCUCCAUCCUUUACAUUUGUCGAUUCUUUUCAGGGUUGCUUUUUACCAGUUCAUUGGCAAGAGCAACAACGUCUGAAGAAAGUUCGGGUGGAGCAAACCUGUACGCUGGUGAAGAACGCGAUGGUGUAGUAACCCUGGAAGAUGCUUCACCGGGUGAGAUGAUAUUUGGUGGAACUGUGGUAGCAGAAGUACCUGAAGAGGAGUCUCCUGGGGAUGAGCAAACGCAGUCGUUUGAGCUUUUGGAUAAGCUUAAUAUAAAGUUUGACUCGGAUGAUGCCUAUAAUAUUCUUUUAUAUGGUGGUGGUGCGUUGGUUGCAGUGUGGUUUUCAUCAGUCAUUGUCAGAUCCAUUGAUUCUAUUCCAUUGUUUCCCAAGCUGAUGGAAGUUGUGGGCCUUGGCUACACAUUCUGGUUCAGCUAUCGGUAUCUGAUCUUUAAGAAGAAUAGGGAUGAGUUGGCUACUAAAAUUGAAGAGCUUAAGCAACAGGUUCUUGGUUCAAAUGAUGAUUAUUGAUUGAUAUAUGGAGGAGUCACUUGAUCUUGUUCUCUCUGUUUUCCAGUGAAGGCAAUAUAUGUUUCUUUUUCCGUCACCAUAGAAAUGUAAACUGGUUUUACUUUUGACAUGGAAGUAAAUAUAUUUUGUUUUUUUACCCGCA